AUGCUGCGGGCGUGUCACCGAGCGGGCGUCACCGUGGCCGCGCAGAGCAGCCGGUGUGGGAGAGUGGUGCUGCGCCCAGCACAGCUGUACCGUGGCUAUGCCACCCACUCUGGAGAGUCUGGGGUCUCCGUGGGCAAGGCCAUCGGCACAGGGCUGCUGCUGGUGGGCGGCGGUGUGGGCGGCACGGUGCUGUAUGCCAGCUACGACCCAGGGUUCCGUGACAGCAUGGAGAAGGCUCUGCCCUACUCCCAGAGGCUCUUCGAGGUGGCCCUCGGCCCUGCAGCCCCCAGCGCACCGCAGGGCACCCCCUGGCCCAAGAGACCUGCGCAGCACGGGCCGCUGAAGAUCUCUUCUGUAGAAGAAGUAAUGAAGGAGUCUAAACAGCCUGCUACCAAAUCCCAGCUGAGCAAACCAGAAGGGGAUAUUGCAGCAUCUGCUACCACAGGCAAGGAGGCAGCACAGAUCAUCUCCGCCACAGGGGUGGCCGUGUCGGUGCCAGCGCCGGGGAUAGAGCCUGAAGAAGGUGAAAAGAUCACAGAACACCAUGAGCUAACCCCAAGGGCUGUAGAGCAGAAGGUUCCCCAUGCCAUAAGGGAACGGCCCCCAGAAGAAGUGGCAGCCCGGCUCGCCCAGCAGGACAAGGAGGAGCAGGAGAAGAUUGCAGCCCUUGCAGCAACCUUAGAAGGAGCCCUCAGCACAACAGCUCGCAUCACCCUUCAGGCCAUCACUGCCCAGGAGUCUGCUGUGCAAGCAGUGAAUGCCCAUUCCCAGAUACUGAAGGAGGCCAUGGACAAUUCUGAGGAUGCUGGGGAGAAGAAGUCCUCUCAGUGGCGCACGCUGGAGGAGGCCCUGAAGGAUCGGAGGAGAGCAGUGGAUGAGGCUGCUGAUGCCCUUCUGAAAGCCAAAGAGGAGCUAGAGAAGACAAAAGGAGUCAUCGAGAAUGCCAAGAAGUCUCACCUGGCAGGAGCCAAGCCUCACAUUGUGGCUGCAGAAGAAAAUCUCCACCACAUGCUUGUUGACUUGGACAACGUUGUGAAGAAGGUGCAGGCAGCCCAGUCCGAGGCUAAGAUCGUGGCUCAGUACCAUGAGCUGGUGGCAAAGGCUCGGGAGGAGUUCCAGCGGGAGCUCGACAGCAUCACCCCCGACGUGCAGCCUGGCUGGAAGGGGCUCAAGGUAACUGACCUAGCCGGGCAGUUGUCCCCGGAUGACCUGAGCUCGCUGGUGGCCCAUGCCCACCGGCGCAUCGAGCAGCUGAGCCGGCAGCUGGCGGAGCAGCAGGUACGGCAGCAGCAGCGCAUUGAGGCCGCCCUGCAGCAGCAGAAGCUGGAGGACAAGAAGGCCUUGGAGGCAGCAGUGGCCAAGGCGCUGGAGCACCACCGGAGCGAGAUCGACAUGGAGCAGGAGAAGAAGGUUGAAGAGGUGCGAGAGGUGAUGGAGAAUGAGAUGCGGACGCAGCUGCGGCGGCAGGCUGCUGCCCACACUGACCACCUGCGGGACGUCCUCAAGAUCCAGGAGCAGGAACUGAAGGUGGAAUUUGAGCAGAACCUCUCUGAGAAGCUGAGUGAACAGGAGGUGCACUUCAGACGCCUCACCCAGGAGCAGCUGGACAACUUCACCCUGGACAUCAACACAGCCUACGCCCGGCUGAAGGGCAUCGAGCAGGCCGUGGAGAGUCACGCAGUAGCAGAGGAGGAAGCCAGGAAAGCUCAUCAGCUGUGGCUCUCUGUUGAGGCCCUCAAGUACUGCAUGAAGACAGGCUCCGGAGACAGCCCCACGGAGCCGCUGGGGGGCGCAGUGAGGGCCAUCCAGGCCAGCUGCAACAACGCCUUCACAGAGACCCUGACGGGGGCGCUGCCGCCGCAGUCGCUGACGCGGGGAGUGUACAGCGAGGAGGCGCUGCGGGCUCGCUUCCACAGUGUGCAGAAACUGGCCAGGAGGGUGGCCAUGAUCGACGAGACCAGGAACAGCCUCUACCAGUACUUCCUCUCCUACCUGCAGUCUCUGCUCCUCUUUCACCCGCAGCAGCUGAAGCCCCCUGCUGAGCUCGGCCCUGCUGACCUCGACACCUUUAAGCUGCUGUCUUAUGCCUCCUACUGCAUCGAGCAUGGGGACCUGGAGCUGGCAGCCAAGUUUGUCAACCAGCUGCGGGGGGAGUCCCGGAGGGUGGCACAGGACUGGCUGAGUGAGGCGCGGAUGACCCUGGAAACCAAGCAGGUGGUAGAGAUCCUGACGGCCUAUGCCAGUGCUGUGGGGCUGGGCAUGACACAGGUGCAGUGAGCUGGGUCUGCAGCCCCGCGGGUGCUCAGCCCUGCUUCCCAGCAGUUGCAGCCCAGGCUGCCCGCAGCGCUGGCUUGGAGCUGGGCUGCAGCCCUGGUGCCUUGCACUGCCUCUGAACUCCACCGGCUGUGUUUGUGUUGGGUGUGAGCUCCCCUGGCAGGCAGCUCCAGGAAGCUUCUCUGCAGGUUGUGUAACAGUUUUGUCUCCCUAUGGUACCAGGCAGGCUGCUGUGAUCCAACCAAAACAAAGUUUGCCUCCUGCCAUUCAUUUGCCACUUUGUCAGCUGAAUAAAACAAGA